AUGGAUUCGAGCUACAGCGAUUUCCAGUUUCAUCCUGGUUUCCCGGAACCAGGCAGUUUCUCGGCAGCCCCUUACGAUGGAAACAUGGGAGGGAUUCCGCCAUUGUAUCAGCCCCGAGGCUUGCCGUCAGCCGCAGAAAAGUCGGGAGAGAGCGCAAAGCUAUCGAAGACCGCGGUAGUCUCAGCGUUGGAAGCAGUUAAACAGCGAGUGACUGAGCUAGAGAAACAACUCGCUCAGUGCGCAAGACAACACGAUCUUUUAGAGGUUGUUGCUCACCAGAACAUCGUGAUCCAAUCCAUACACAACUCGUGCGAGAAGCGCCUCAAUGACAUGCAACAAGAUUUUGAAAUGAAGUUGGCGGGUGUGUUGCAGACGGUCGAAAAAGGACAUGGGGAUGGGGAAUCCAGUGACGAAGACGACAAAGAAGACGAGGAUGAAGCUAGGAUAGAGGCGAGCCUGGAAGCGAAGGGUGAUCCUGGGCUGCUGGCCGUUAUACGUCAUGCGUUUUCACAUAUGCUCGGUACUGUGAAAUUAACGGCCAAAGAUCUGCCUUGGUGGCCAAAAGAUGGUGAAGAGUGGCCUGUGGAUAGUGCGACUAGUGAAAAAUUCCUCCGAUUCCGCUGGGGGGAAAGUCAUACUCACGAAGAUAACUAUCGAGGUCUCCAAACGAUCUUCCGAUACAUUCGUACGAAGGGUGCCGAGUUUAGUCCUACAUCUGCAAAGGCAUUGCGUGCAAUUAGCGACGAGGAUUUGCUUGAUCGUGUGCAGACCAAAUACCAAGAUUUGCAGAAAGCGUUACGGGCAGCCAAGCUGCUGUCAUCGUCUCGUGUAACGACCACAACAGAGGCUUCCGAAAACCAAGGCGCAUUACGGGAUGCGAAACUGUCAAAGGGCGUGCGUCAAAGUCGACAACAAGGUAAAUGUGAGGUUCACGAACGGAAAUUCGCCGCGUUAUCCAAUGAUUCGGAGUUCAAGACCGAUGCCUUCAAGACUGCCCUCAUCCCCCAGGAGCCCAUAAUGCUAUAUAGAUACAUCAAUAUACUACUAUAG